UAGCUUACACGCACAGAAAUAAUGGCGUCCGCGAAGGAGAAAUCGGCCAAGCGAUCGCCAACUAGAACUGACACUACGGGAGAAAAUACGAGUACCCCGACUGUGAUAAACACGUUUGCUAACGAUGGCAGUUUUCUAGAACUUUUUAAGAAAAAAAUGGAAGCAGAGGCUAAAAAACUUCAGCCGAAAUCUGAAAGUACGUUAGGGCAAAGUACAAAUUUUGAAAAGAAAGAUGACAAGAUAUCAGACGAGGAAUCGGGUCCAAAGAAAGAUAAUGAUGGCAAAGCUCCUGGACUUUCGCUUUCAUUGACACAGCAGGGUAAGAGGCAUUUUGCUGUUGGAAAGAUGGGUGGUGCUUCACGGCAGAUUUAUGCAAAGAAAAUGAAGAAGGAAAAAGAUGCAGCUGAGGCAGCAAAAAAGGCUCAGUUAGAGGAAGAAAACAAAUCUUCAGCAUGGAAAGCUUAUAUGGAGGAAGUUAAAAAAUAUAAGGAGAUGAGUUGUUCAGAUGAUAGCGACAGAGUGACACCGCUCGUGAAAUGACCCACAUCUACAGAAUCUCUGCAUUAUAAAAUUUAGGAUAACAUAAUUCAGGCUUUUCAAAAUUACUUAACUUUUAUACUUAAAAUAAUCCCUUUUUUUCCUUCUUCUUUUUGUAACCUAGAAAUGAAGUCUUUUAAGUUGUUUGUUGCAUCCUCGUCCUAAACUCGCAAGGAGAGAAACUAGGAGACAGCUAUCAAAUUCAUCCCAUCUUUAGUUUCAUUAGGCUUUGCUAAACACAAGUUUAACUAUGGUGUAUGAAGUAAUUCAAAUGUACCGUCAUGGUUUGGAUAUAAAUAAGCAUGCACUUGGGGUGUUGUGGGAGAAGAUGGGAAAUAUGACACAGCUUGGGGAUGUAGGCAGGGGAUUUGAGUAUGCGGUUGAGGAAGGGUCUGCGACUCUCUCAUUCUCACAAGUGUUCCUUUUUGUUUCUCAUACUCGUUAUUAAAUCUAAAUGGGAGCCCGGUUAUCAAUUAUACUUUGAUAAGUUUAUUGUGACUGUCCAAUAAGUACGGUACAUAGGUCUGUAAAUUUUUUCAAAGGUAUAGGAAAUGAACGACUUCUUAUGGGAAGAAAAAUCUUUUGAUCCCUUUACAUAAGUCUUCAAAAAUGUAUCUUACUUCUGAUGAGUUAAGACCCCAAAUUCGUGCAAAUGUUCAAUAGUUAGGUUCUUCCUCUAUUGAAAUUCUUUCUGUAGUUGAAGGUAUUUUAUAAUCACUUCCACAAGUAAAAAUCAGAAGGCCAGGUUCUAGGUUCCAUUGUUCAUGCUUUAACAAUCUGGAGCUCAGUUUUGAUGCAAAAUUAUUGCAUUACAUUACUCACUCCCACAGAGAUCCCUUUCAAUUUUGGGAAUUGCGUACCGUCUGUCUUGUAAUGUGAUUAUUUGUGUGAUCACACUAUAUGAUUAAUUGUUAUAGUCUGAUCAUCAACCAUAUGUUUGUUUUCUGUAAGAAGAAUUACUUUGAUAUUUGGAUGGAUUUGCAUAUUAAACAUACUGGUAACAGUAUGGUAUUUCAAUAUUUAAAAUAUGGGUUCUUGUAAAAACGUGCAGAGUUUCUGUGCCUUUCCAAUGGUUGUAAAUAAACUGCUUAGCAUAACUGUU